ACGUUACAAACUUGUUAACAACAUGUGUAACUUUAAUAUUCCCGUGUGGAAAUUAAGUUCGGAGGAACUCAAUUGAAAUAGCAAUUGGAGCAGGUAUUUCAUUUUUUCCUUGAUGUCAAGUAGUAUAUAUUUGUUUUAUAAUGUCUAGUAAAUAUGGUCGGCCAUAUUCCAUUGUCAGGACAUUUCGUUGUUUGUCUUGUGCUCAACGAACACUUCCAGCAGUACCACGAACGAUUUUGAACGGAACGUUGGACUCUCACCAUGCCGCAACUCCGGGGUCAGGGAUCCACUCCGUCCGUCGUCGAUCAUUUUUAUUCGCGGCGAAUUCGGGAGGAGCUUGUCUGGAGAGCCGGCGACCGGCGUUUACACCUUCGCCUGGGAUAUGUCGGAGUUUUUCAGACAAGGAUGACAAGAAUGUUAGAGCAUUGUUUAUUCCUGUUCCUGUUAAACCUGCUAAUAAUCCAGAUGACAUUAACAUCGGCGAAGAGCUUGGUGCAAAUUUGAAGAAUAAGAAAGAUGAAUUGAUGAAGAUUCUCACAAAGUUUUCAAAAAGGCCAACUAUCCAGAGGCUUGCUGAAGAAGAAGGAUUAGAUGAUAACCUCUUUCAUCAAAGUUUCAUGAGCUUCAGGAAAUACAUCACAGAGGUGGAGUCUCUGGAGCCUGAUCUGCAUAUUAUUCUUAGUGACAUUCUGGUAGGGGCGGGGCAUAUAGAUGACAUCUUUCCUUACUUCAUACGCCAUGCCCGCCAGAUCUUCCCUGCCCUGGACUGCAUGGACGAUCUAAAAAAGAUCAGUGACCUCACAGACCCAGCCCAAUGGUACCCUGAGGCUAGAGCUAUUGAAAGGAAGGUUGUAUUCCAUGCAGGACCUACUAACAGUGGUAAGACAUACCAUGCCUUAGAGAGAUUCAGCAACGCAAAGUCUGGAGUCUACUGUGGUCCACUGAAGCUGCUGGCCAGUGAAGUACACAAGAAGACUAAUGAUAGGGGUAUCAUGUGUGACUUGGUAACAGGAGAGGAGAGGAAGUAUGCUCACCCAGACUCGAUUCCUUCACCUCAUGUGGCAUGUACAGUAGAGAUGACCAGUGUUUCCCAACCAUAUGAGAUAGCAGUCAUUGAUGAAAUCCAGAUGUUAAGAGACCCUUCCAGAGGUUGGGCAUGGACAAGAGCUUUACUUGGAGUUAAUGCCAAGGAGAUUCAUCUAUGCGGAGAGCCAGCCGCUAUUGAUCUUGUCAAAGAACUCACUCUAUCAACGGGUGAUGAGCUUGAGAUACGACAUUACAAAAGGCUGACAUCGCUACAAAUCUUGGAUCAACCAUUAGGAAACCUUGAGAAUGUGAAACCAGGUGAUUGUAUUGUUGCAUUCAGUAAGAAUGAUUUAUAUUCAAUCAGUAGACAGUUAGAAGCUAUGGGAAAGGAGUGUGCUGUUAUCUAUGGAUCAUUACCACCAGGUGCCAAACUGAGUCAAGCAGCAAAGUUCAAUGACCCUGAUGACCCCUGUAAGAUACUGGUUGCCACCGAUGCUAUUGGAAUGGGGCUCAAUCUGAGUAUUAAGAGAGUUAUCUUUAACAGUCUAAUCAGGCCAUACAUUAAUGAGAAAGGAGAGAAAGAGAUGGAUAGACUGACUACAUCACAGGCGCUUCAGAUAGCUGGUAGAGCAGGGAGAUAUGGUACUCAGUUUGAGGAAGGGGAAGCUACCACCUUCCAUGCUGAUGAUUUACCCCUCCUCAAAGAGAUUCUAGCUUGUCCUGUCGAGAAGAUAGAAGCAGGUGGUCUACACCCUACAGCUGAACAGAUUGAACUCUUCGCCUAUCAUCUACCUGAUGCAACUCUAUCAAAUCUCAUUGAUAUCUUCAUCACUCUAUCUCAAGUAGAGAAGAAUUACUUUGUAUGCAAUGUAGAUGACUUCAAGUUUUUAGCUGAUAUGAUUCAACAUGUUCCUCUUCAUCUACGAGCCAGAUACGUCUUCUGCUGUGCCCCUAUCAACAGGAAACUACCUUUCAUCUGUACAAUGUUCCUCAAGUUUGCAAGACAGUAUAGUAGAAACCAACCUAUCACCUUUGACUGGUUCUGUCGAUCCGUUGGAUGGCCUCUAGCAGUCCCUAAGAACAUCCGUGAUCUGAUGCAUCUAGAAGCAGUUCAUGAUGUCAUGGAUCUAUAUCUAUGGUUAAGCUAUCGAUUCAUGGACAUGUUCCCAGACACCGCCCUCAUACAGGACGUCCAAGCCGAGCUAGAUGAUAUCAUUCAGAUGGGUGUGAUUAAUAUCACCAAGUUAAUCAGAGCCAGUGAGACCAGGUCUAACGGGAUGACGUCAUUACCAGAUCCUGAUAUAGAACAGAAAAAGACCCAUGGAAAGAUCGGUGAAGUGGCUGCAUCAAAAGACCAUUCUGAAGGAGGAGCAGACAGUGUCACUGGUCACAGGAAAUCAAGAGAUUCCUACAAAGGUAGCCACACCAAGCCUCGUCAAAGACCCCAUACCAUGGACGGGGAAGGUCAGUCGAGAGAUGACCUGUCUCAGAAGCUUGGUGGACUGUCUGGACGAUUGAGCCAGGAGCUGGUCAAACAAGGUUUACUGUCCGAGGACAUGCUGGAGAAGCUACAAGCGGAAUGGAAGGAAGCGAGCCGCAAGACAAGAUUGGACUUUGAUAGGGAGGAUUUUGAUGAUGGCAGCGGGAGUGAAAGCCCUGGAAGGUCUAGUGGUAGGUCAAGGAGGAAACAGACUAAACGGAAGAAAUGAUGAAUUCUGAUGUAAUGCCAUUCUUUUCUCUUGGACUUAACAGAGUAUCAAUGCGCUGCUCAUUUGAAUUUAUGUAAUGUCACUUUAUAGAAUUUGGGGUUAUAUUAAUUCUCGUAAUUUAUGAUAAAAUCUUUAGGUGAGAUAGAAUCAUAACAGUUGGUGUCCACCUGGUGUAUUUAAGAGCAAUUUGCAUCCUUGAAGCCUUAUUCUAACCUUUUCUAUUGUUCAUUAAAAUAUGAUUGACAAUCUGAAGCACUUAAACAUUUUCACUUGAGAAUUACAUUUUAUUGCAAGGUAACCCAUAUUUAGAGGGGUGCUAUCAAAAAGGUAAUUAAUCUAAUAAUUCGUCCUUUUGAGUAUAAAAUAGAAUAAUGAUAUAGGGUAUUUAUAUUGCGCACAUUUCCACCUUGUUAGGUGCUCAAGGCGCUCCUAUAUUACCCGGCUAAG